AUGAGCAUCACCGAAACAAGAAAGCUCUUCGCAAUCACUGUAUUUGGCUACAAGCGAGCCGACAUGUCUGAGGACGAUUACCACGCCUACAUCAGCAAAACCCACUCUGGUCAUCUGAAGGCUUUAUUGGCCAAGAAUGAUAUCGUUUCUUAUACGAUGCAACAUAACAGCUCGGACGUGAACAAGCCCUAUUUGGAGAAAGUGUAUGGGGGCGAACUACCGGCUGAAAACGUCUCGGAUUGUGAUGCGGUCAUUCAGAUCGUGUUCAAAGACAUCGAAGAUUACCUUCGUGUGCGAACGGAUCCGCACUUUGUGAAUAUCGUCAGCCCGGAUCACCACAACUUUGCAGACCCUACAAAGACCAGAUUUUCUAUGGGGUGGUUCGAGGUCCACGUAUCUCAAGGGAAAGUCGUUUCUUGA